AUGCUCCAGGGCAUCCAGCAAGUGGUGGAUGUGUUCUUCCAACUAACGCUGCUCGGGGAAUUCACCGCCAGUCAACAACCUGCCCACGGAUUGUUCGAGCUUGCUGCUGCAAGCGAGGAUAUUCCGUCAUUAGCAGAAGACGACCAGAAACGGGCCAACACGGGCGGAGUUAUGCAGAUCGCGGUCAGCAGUUCGGCGCGGAAUGAGAUAGUAGGAUUUGGCGUGGCGAUUGAGAAGCGGCCACCUCAGUAUCGAAAACCGAGGCUGAAAACCUUCUCCGUCACGCUGGGUGCAAGAACCGAGCAGAACCCAUACUCUAGGGGAUUGGCAGCAAUGGCGCAUGCAUUGAGCACGCUGCGAGGACUGAAACGGUGCAGGGUCACGCUGUUGACCAGCAACAAAGCGGCGGCCCUCACGCUGAAGAAUCCUCGACAACAGUCGGGCCAGGAACACAUCCGCCAGAUAUACAAGUCGAUCGGAAGAAUACGGAGACACGAAAAUCGCAUAGACAUCCGCUGGGUCCCAACCAGCGAGAAGAGUCAAUUGCUCGGCCUGGCGAAGGAGCAGGCCCGGGCCGCGACGCAAGAGGACACUACCCCACAAGCACAGGUCCCCCGAAUGAAGUCGACCACCCUGAACAUGGUACGAUCCCAAGUCGCAGCCGGUCAAUGCCUGCCGGAGAAUGUAGGGAGGCAUUCCAAACGAGUGGAUGCAGCACUUCCGGGAAAACACACUCGGCAGUUGUAUGAUCAAUUAUCAUGGAAAGAAGCGAGCGUGCUAGCUCAACUCCGGACUGGCAUGGCAAGACUCAACGGAUACCUCUAUCGGAUCAAUGUCGCAGAGACAGAUCAAUGUGCAUGUGGACAAGCCAGAGAGACCGUGGACCACUUCCUCUUUCGAUGCCAGAAGUGGACCACACACCGCACGGAAAUGCUGCAAUGUACCCAUACUCACCGAGGCAACAUAUCCUUUUUCUUGGGUGGAAAAUCGCCUUUGGAUGAUCAAAACUGGAAACCGAACCUAGAAGCAGUGCGGGCCUCAAUACGGUUUGUCAUCGCUACAGGCCGACUCGACGCCGUUUAG